AUGUGGCUCCGCCGGUCCUGCCUGCCUGCUCUGACGCGUGCGCGCUCGAGCCAGCGCUCGUUGCUGCAGCGCAAUGCGCCCGCAAUGGCGCGUGCCUUCUCCACCGACUACUCGGCCGUCACGGCCGAGAACAUCCGCAACGUGGCUAUCGUUGCACACGUCGACCACGGCAAGACCACGUUGGUGGACCAGCUGCUCAAGCACGGCGGCACCACGCUCUCCGAGGAGCGCGUCAUGGACUCCAUUGACUUGGAGCGCGAGCGCGGCAUUACUAUCAUGUCCAAGUGCACGCGCGUCGAGUACAACGGCCACGUGCUCAACAUCGUGGACACCCCCGGUCACGCUGACUUCGGCGGUGAGGUGGAGCGCAUUUUGAGCAUGGUGGACGGUGUGGUCCUGGUUGUGGACGCCACGGAGGGACCUAUGUCGCAAACCAAGUUCGUGCUGACGAAGGCGCUGCACCGCGGACUGAAGCCUCUCGUGGUCGUCAACAAGGUGGACCGCGACACCAGCCGCCUCGACGGCUCGGUGGAGAACGAGCUUUUCGAUAUGUUCGUUGCACUUGACGCUGACGACGAUCAGCUCGAGUUCCCGGUGCUGUACGCGUCUGCCAAGCAGGGCUGGGCCGUGCACGACCUGGACAACGAGGGCGAGGCCCGCGACAGCAUGCUGCCUCUGCUGGACGAGAUCACUCGCUACGUGCCUGCACCGAACACCGAUGCCAGCAAGCCGUUCGCGAUGGCUGUCACCAUGAUUGGCCACGACCCGUACGUUGGUCGUCUGGCGACUGGCCGCGUUCACGCUGGAACUGUCAAGAUUGGAGACUCGAUCCAAGUGAUGAACCGCGACAGCAAGAAGCUCGAGACCGGCAGGGUGACGAAGAUGUUUGUGACCCGUGGUGUUGCCAAGUCGGAAAUCACGUCGGCCACCGCUGGCGAUAUCAUCACCAUCGCUGGUGUGAACGCAUACGUGUCUGAUACCAUCGCUGAUGUCAACGUGACGGAGCCCAUUCCGUCCCCGCAGCUGGACCCGCCCACCAUUUCGAUGACGUUUGGCGUAAACGACGCGCCGACCGCAGGCAAGGAUGGCAAGUUCCUCACGUCUUCUCACAUCAAGCAGCGUCUUGAGCGCGAGUGCGAGAACAAUGUUGCCAUUUCCAUUUCUCCUAGCACUUCUUCGGAAGCCUUUGACGUCCACGGCCGUGGUGAACUUCAGCUGGCCAUUCUGAUUGAAGAGAUGCGUCGCGAGGGCUUUGAGAUGUCCGUGUCGGCUCCCCAGGUUAUUUUCAAGACGGACCCCGAGACGAACCAGAAGCUGGAGCCUAUCGAAGAAGUGACGAUUGAUGUCGACUCCGACUUCUCUGGUACUGUUAUUGACAAGCUGUCCACUCGCGGAGGUGAGAUCAUCGAGUUCAAGGAGAUGCACGACAAAGUGCGUCUUCAGUUCCAGAUCCCCAGUCGCUGCCUCAUGGGCUACCGCAGUGAGUGGCAUUCUCAACUCGAUUUUCCACGGUUACUCUCCGUUCCAAGGCUCGGCCACUCCUCCGUCGAAGGGCAAGCUUAUCUCUUCAUCUGGAGGCGUGCUUACGCGCUCAACUCGCUCGAGGACCGCGGUGAGAUGUUCGUGAAGCCUGGCGACGAAGUGUACGAGGGUAUGAUUGUGGGUGAGCACAGCCGCCCCACGGACAUUGAGAUCAACCCCACCAAGGAGAAGAAGCUCACCAACAUGCGCGCUGCCGGCACUGACGAGAACAUCAAGCUGUCGCCGAUCCGCCAGAUGUCCCUGGAAGACGUCGUCACCUACAUUGGUGAGGACGAAAUGAUCGACGUGUCCCCGACCAAGAUUCGCAUGCGGAAGCGCGAGCUGACCGCCAACGGCCGCAAGCGCAUGCAGGGCAAGAAGAAGUAAGCUCGUCGCUCGGCAAGGCGUGGCGAUUUUACCGACAGCAUCCAUGGCGGCUCGCCGCCGGAGGCCUGGGCAAUUCGUAUUCAUCAUGUAUAGAGGCAACAGUAGACGAGUCACCAACACAUAGAGCAACUAGCGUGCAUGCACUUGCAAACAUGGCGUAUCUCUUUUCGUGUC